AUGUCCUCCCAGAUGGAUCAUCAAUUCGACAUCAUCUUUGCAGGAGGUGGGACUGCAGCUUGUGUAAUCGCCGGCCGUCUUGCUACUGCAGACCCUUCGCUCAGGAUCUUGAUCGUAGAGGCAGGCCCACACACAAAAGACCUCGAAAAGCAUACCCAGCCAACUCAUUUUCUUACCAAUGUGAAACCAGGAACCAACAGCGAGACGACCUCAUUUCACAUCGCAGAACCAUCCCUUUACCUCAAUGGACGUGCCAUUGGUGUGCAUUGCGGACGCUGUGUCGGUGGCGGUUCGAGUAUCAAUUUCAUGAUGUACACAAGGGCUUCGUUGUCGGACUACGACGAUUGGGAACGCCUGCAUGACAAUCCUGGCUGGGGUGCCAAGGAUCUUAUCCCUCUGAUGAGAAAAAGUGAAACUUAUCAAAUCAAACCUGGCGAACCCACUCACGGGUAUUCAGGCCCUUUGAAAAUUUCUUAUGGAGGGCUAUUCACGAAUGUCAGUAAGCAAUGUCUGGAAGCCGCCCUCAAAUACGACAAAGGACGCGUUGGUGUAGAGGAUAGCAAUGACUUGUCCACUUGCAACGCAUAUAGUAGAUGGGCUCAGUGGGUCGAUGAGGAAUCAGGAAAACGGUCAGACACGGCACAUCAUUACAUAUAUAAUCAAGGGCACAACAAGAACUUGCACAUUCUCGCCGGGAAGAUAGUGAAACGCGUGGUAAUAGAGAACGGCCGUGCAGUGGGAGUGGAGUACACCAACGAUCUGUUGAAUAAUCCCAAUAGCGAUCAGACGAUCCAUUUUGCGCAGGCUGCACGUCUGGUCGUUGUUUCUGGUGGUGCAUUUGGUUCUCCAACUAUCCUUGAGAGAUCGGGAGUGGGCGCUAAGGCAGUUUUGGAGAAACAUGACGUACAUCAGGUUGUCGAUCUCCCAGGAGUAGGCGAGAACUAUCUAGACCAUCCUGUCAAUUGGCCGGCCUAUUUUGCAGAGAGCAAUUCUGAAACUUUAGGCCAUGUUCACCGUGGUGACGAGAGUGCUAUCACUGAUCUGUGGAAGAGAACAGGUAAUGGGCUUGUCGCACACAAUUCUUUUGGCGGCUACGACGUAGCCAUAAAGCUCCGACCUAACACAGAAGAACUGAAGGAGCUGGGACCAGAGUUCGGGGCGAAAUGGAAAGCAGAUUUCGAGCACAAACUAGACAAACCGGCUGCCAUCAUUGUUCCGUGUUCUGGUUUCGUCGGAAAUCACGCAGGAGUUCCAGAGCGCGAGUACAUGGGAGCAUGCUAUUUCAUUUGUUACCCUUCGUCCGUCGGCCGGGUUCAUAUCACAUCCGGGAAAAACCCGCAUGCUCCCCCUGAAAUUCACCCUGGUUUUCUAGAAGAUCCUUACGACCUCGCAGUUUUACGCCUCGCAUACAAGAAAGGUCGUGAGAUCGCGCGUCGCAUCCCUCUCUAUCGGGGUGAAUACCAGCCCAAACACCCAGUAUUCCCAGAGGGAAGUGCAGCGGCGUGUAGAGAGGUCAAGGGGCCUGUUCCCAUUGACGCACCCGACAUUACGUACACCACCGAGGAUAAUGAGGCCAUUGAGACGUACCAUCGUCAGAUUAUGGGAAGUGGACACCAUUCGUCGGGAACAAAUGCGAUGAAGCCACGCGAAAGGGGUGGUGUAGUUGAUCCUCGAUUGAAUGUAUAUGGAGUGAAAGAUCUGAAAGUCGCAGACUUGUCUAUUGUCCCAUCCAAUGUCGCAUCGAAUACCUAUUCUACUGCAGUAGUCAUUGGAGAAAAGGCAGCUGUUCUGAUUGGUGAAGAUUUAGGAAUUGAGGGUGUCUGAGCACUGCAACGAGUACUGUAUGGAUAUGCAUGAGCAUGAAGGAAAUGUCCAAUUGUUGAAAGAUGAACAUACACAGUUUUCU